CAACCUUGUGUCAAUUCAAUACUCAACAUUUUUUUCACAUUUUGGUGCUCAUCUGUAUUUCGCAUGAAAACAAACCAUCACGGUGCUCGGCACGGAAUCCAUGCUUGUAAAUAGCGGAACGCGGAUCUGGUGAUCUUUUCGUGGGCAGCAUCAGCCGGUCCUUUCUCUUUUCUCACUGGAUAUGGCGGUGGAUCUUACCAAAAACAGGAGCAGCAUUGUGUCCGCCUGGACAGAGGUUGUCGACGACAAGAACCCGAUUGAUUGGGCUCUUUUUGGAUAUGAAGGACAGACCAACGUCCUGAAAGUCGUUUCAAAAGGAGAUGGGGGAAUCGAAGAACUGGUUGAGGAUUUGAGCUCCGGCAAAAUUAUGUAUGGAUUCGUGAAGGUGCUCGACCCGAAAACUAGUCUUCCCAAAUGUGUGCUCAUCAACUGGCAAGGUGAUGGUGCUCCUCUGGUGCGGAAAGGCGUUUGUGCCAACCACAUUCACGAAGUGUCUAAGCUACUGCACGGCGCCCAUGUGACCAUUAAUGCACGAAAUGAAGAUGAAGUUGAUUUACAAAUAGUUAUUGAAAAAGUCUCAAAGGCUACAAGCUCUGCGUACAGCUUCAAGGACAGGAUGGAGCCUGAAAGAGCGGCACCAGUUGGAACAAAAUACGAGAAGCUGAAUCCUGCAAAGGAAAUCAAUUCGAGCGAGCGGGACAGGUUUUGGGAAAAGGAGGAGCAGGAGGAGAAAAAACGACAAGCUGAAGAGAAACGCAAAAGGGAGGAGGAGACCAAACGGAGUGAGGAGGAGAGGAUCAAAUUAGAGGAAAAGAGCCUUGAAAAAAUGCAGAAAAAGGAGGAUGAGUGGACGCAGAAGCACCCUGAGCCGAAAAAAGAGGAGAAAGUAGUGGUUAGGUCUUUCGUCAAUCCGCCCAAGGAACUUAAUUUAAACAAUGGUCAUGGAAAUCACGGAAACAUUCCAACUAACUCAGAGGAGCAACUUUCUCCUCUGGCCGAAGCGCAGCGAACGUUGGCCCGUUUUGACGACGUUCCUGCCCCUAUGCAACUUUCUCCCGACAAUGAAACACCAGCUGAGCCAGUGCAAAAUGAACCUGUGCCUGAGCAAGAAUCACAACCAGAAACUCCUCCCAGCAAAGAAGACUACGGAAUCAGGGCCAGAGCGCUCUAUGAUUACCAGGCUGCUGACGCGACCGAGAUCUCUUUUGACCCUGAUGAUGUCAUCACGCACAUUGACCUGAUUGACGAGGGAUGGUGGCAGGGUCUCGGUCCUGACGGAACCUACGGUCUCUUCCCAGCCAACUACGUCGAGAUCAUCACCGAAGAGUAACCCAGUAUUAAUUAACCUACUUAUCAAGUUCCAUUCUUCCUCUACCGACUAAUUAUGCAAACCCGCAAUAUCACUUUUUGCGUCUCUUUUAUCGUGACUGAUUUUUUAAUUCAAUGGGGCUAUUGCAAUGAUUUUGCUUUUAGUAUUUUUAUCAUUCAAAAGUGAUUUUUACACAAAUUUAUGAUACAUGCGGCAGCUCAUGUUUGUUGUGACCACAAAGCGGCAGAUUCGUUGUAUUUUGUCCUCUCCAAGGAUAACCUGUUAACGUUGAAAGUUAAUAAAUAAAAUACUAAUAGUUGUAAAAUCAG